GAGGCGGAAAAGGCGGGGAAGUUGUCAGUGCCAACUUCCACCGAAGGCCGAGCUGCCAGUGGAAGCGAGGUCCCCGAGAGCCGGAGCAGGCGCAGGAGCUGAGGGACGGAAAUCACUCCUGUUUAGAGCAUUUCCUGGUGGUGCUAUUCAAAAAUGUCUUCCUUAAGUGGGAAAGUGCAAACUGUUUUGGGGCUUGUGGAGCCAAGCAAACUGGGCCGCACCCUGACCCAUGAACACUUGACAAUGACCUUUGACUGUGUUUACUGUCCACCUCCUCCAUGCCAUGAAGCUACCUCUAAGGAACCUAUCACGAUGAAAAAUCUAUUUUGGAUCCAGAAAAAUCCAUAUUCCCAUAAAGAGAACCUUUGGUUGAAUCAGGAAACAGAAGCUGUAAAGGAAGAGUUGUUGUAUUUCAAGGCUAAAGGUGGUGGGGCCUUGGUGGAGAACACAACCACGGGAAUUAGCAGGGAUGUGAAGAUGUUGAAGUGGCUGGCAGAGCAGACUGGAGUCCACAUCAUAUCUGGAGCUGGGUUCUAUGUGGAUGCAACCCACUCUUCAGAGACCAGGGCCAUGUCAGUGGAGCAGCUUACCGAUGUCCUUAUUAGUGAAAUUCUCCAUGGUGCUGAUGGAACCAGUAUCAAGUGUGGUGUUAUUGGGGAAAUUGGUUGCUCCUGGCCUUUGACAGACAGUGAAAGAAAAGUUCUUCAGGCAACAGCGCAUGCCCAGGCUCAGCUUGGCUGUCCUGUGAUCAUCCAUCCCGGCCGGAAUCCAAGUUCACCAUUCCAGAUCAUCCGCAUAUUGCAAGAGGCAGGUGCAGAUAUCUCCAAGACAGUGAUGUCUCACCUUGAUAGAUCUAUAUUUGACAAGAAGGAGCUGCUGGAGUUUGCUCAACUUGGCUGCUACUUAGAAUAUGAUCUCUUUGGUACUGAACUCCUUCAUUACCAGCUCAACCCAGAGAUCGAUAUGCCUGAUGAUAACAAAAGGAUUAGAAGGGUACGUUUCCUGGUGGAUGAGGGAUAUGAAGAUCGAAUUCUGAUGGCACACGACAUCCAUACGAAGCAUCGCCUGAUGAAAUAUGGGGGUCACGGCUAUUCUCACAUACUCACCAACAUUGUUCCUAAAAUGUUACUUAGAGGAAUAAGUGAGCAUGUACUUGACAAGAUACUAAUAGAAAACCCUAAGCAGUGGCUAACUUUCAAGUAAGCUGGUGGUUCCGGAACUUACACCUUCUUUGUAAAACUUGCAGGAAAUUGUAAAAUGAUUUCAAACCCAUUGUCUCUUAGACACAAAUGGCUGUUUCCUUCGCUAGAGCAGUAGAAGAGCUUGCCUUCUCUGAAUCGGAGUCGCUAUUACAUUUGUGCCUCUGAGAAGUUCCUGAGCCUAUGUGAGCCCUUUUGUUGUGCCUUAAAAUAAAUAUGAAGUGCAUAUUCCCCCAACAAUGAUUUAAAGUCUAUUAUCUCCUAAGAGUUGCCUUUUCUGUUAGUUUGUUUUGCUAUUUUUCUAACCGAUCAGCUACACUACUUAAGAAAAUUUAAAGUGUUUCUAGUUAAAUUGCCUCCUUCUGGAGCAAUCUAAUGUUUCUUGUAAUAUUGAUGAUCCUACUAAUUAUCCUGCUGUUCUUUAAUUAAUGCUUAAUGCAUAAUAUGGCAUAUUGAAAUAGCUUUUGCAGCAAGGGAAGUUAAAAUUUAAGCCUUUUUUUUUUUGGAGCAAGGAUACUGUUAUUUAAUUACCCAUUUGCAACCAUAAAAUUAUUUUGGUAGGCUAAUUAUAUGAUCUCCACCCAUCUCUAAAUGCUUGCAGUAAAUCAGUUUUGAUAGCAUUGGCUUUCUGAUAUCCAUUUUGCUGUAAAUUUUGUUGUGUUUUACAAAGUUUGUAUAAGAACACACAGCAAUCCUGAAUUAUAAAAAUUCAAUCAUAAAAGUCAUAAUAUAUUACAUAAUAUAGUUUAAUGAACCAUUACAAUUAUAAUAACAAAGGCCACAAUUUAAUUAAUCUUAAGAUAUAAUGCAAAAAAAGAGAAAUGUUUGCCAUAUAUAUAUAUAUAAUAUAGUAUAUUCCCCUUCUUUCCUUUACUUUUUAUUUAUUAUUUCUCUCCCUCGGGCCUAAGUAGAGAAAAUAAUGCUUAUUUGUCUAAAGAAUAAAUCAAAUCUAUUGGAAAUGACA